AUGAUACGCCGCUCACCCACGAGCCUGUCUGUACAGGAAUCGGACGUCGAGACGCUCAAGGCACACCGUCGAGCCAAGAUGAUGCAGCACAAUCCCAACCUCACCGCCUCAUCCUUUUCCUCGAUUCGACCAGACGAGUCUGGCUCAGUGCACGAGUCGCAUCAUUACCAGCAUCUCGCUCGAGAAGCAUCUGACGAGCAUGAGGACCCCGGAACCCAACCUGGUCUGUCCCAGCAAGAGAACCACAACCCCAACCAAGCUCGGAACGGACCGAACAACACAUGA